AUGGGUACUCGUAAGCAAGAAGUAGUGGGAAAGCAAAAGGAUGGAAAUAACAAUGAUAUAGUAGUUGGUGGCGAGGAAACAAGUUUGUGGAAAAUAAAGGAUCAAUUUAAUUCAGAUUUAGAUUUAGAUUUGAAGAUAAACGAAUAUCGUACCAUAAUUAAAAAAUUAAAUGAGUUGGACAAAAUUUCAACAAUUAAUAAUAUAACAAGUCUAAAGGAAUUUUUAAGAGAUGGUCUGGUUUAUGUUAAUGGUGUUCCAAUGACAAAUUAUUUUCAACUAUUAAAAGAUAGAAAUUCAAUCUUGUUUCCUUUCAAAGUGACUGAUCUAAUUGGUAAAUAUAAUGUUUGGGCUGUUGUACGAGGUGGAGGUCAUACAGGUCAAUCUGAAGCAAUUGCUCACGGUAUUACCAAAUCUUUAUUAGUUCAUGAUCCUUCACUUAAACCAAUAUUAAGAAAAGCCCGGUAA